AUGAGUCCGGCGUACAUUCCAAUAGAGGUUACAGCAGAGCUUCUUCGAUUAAAAUCAGCCAGAAUUAUUGCCGUUACUAUCGGUAAAAAUAUCGAUAUGACAGCUAUGAGGACAGUGACUGAACGAGAAGAAGAUAUCUUUCGUAUGACGGAAUUCAACGACUUGGUGGCAAACGCUGACAUAAUAUCAAAGAAAUCUUGUGUAAAUGCUCGUAAGUUAAGCAGUUAUUUGUUUCUUCCUAAUUCUGCCUUAGAAUUAAGUUCAAUCUCCUCCAUCCAAUUGCUGGUUUUUUUCCGUUCUCUUUUAUCAGUGUUUUGUUUCUUUGUUCUUGAAGGGGGAUAAGGGACCUAAAAUCCAUCUUUUGGUCAAUUGAUGUUAUUGAAUAAAUAAAGCUUUUCAAUUAUCUUACUGAACAAUAAUGUGGAUAAUCUUAGACGCGGAUUUUUUUCUGUUCUGAUUUUCUUUCUCUGAAAACGAGUAUUUCGAAGCCCAAUAAGUACCUAUCGAAACUAUCGCCAACUUGCGACUCUUUUUCUUCUAUGAUGUGCAACAUGCAACCUUAGAUGCAACGCAACUUUAUGAUAGAUAUUUUGAUGAUGUGUUUUGAAACUUAAUUAAUUAUUCUAUUCAUUGUAGUUCAGACUCAAGGGAUCUCGUUUUGCAGUGUCGACCGUAGUCUGUCCAAUUGUCAGUUUCCAGCCUAUUGCGUUAACGCUACAAAUAACACAUCGUGCGUUUGUAGCCCUGGUUACCUUGGUGAUCCGCCCAAUUGUGAAGGUUUGUUCUACAGAUUCCGCUUGUUAAGCGGGCUAAGCAAGCAGUUCUUUCGACUUGGUGCCCGUAAUGUGAAUGAAAGGGCAAAAAAACUCACUCAACCGCAUAUGUCUUAAGUGUCAUGAUAUCAAAGCUUAUGUGAUUUACGCGUCAAUACCGGUAGUAAUUAUUCUUGUCACUGUGGUUAUGGAUACUUAGGUAUCUUUCUCUCAACUGUGAAGGUGGUUAUCGAGAUGAGAAAAAAAUAUAUGUAUAAGUAAAAAAGCAAAAACUGAAUGGAUCUAUAAAAGGUAUUUAAGAGAACGCAUGGCUCCUGUUUCCUAUAACUGUUUAUGCAAAUAUCCCGGAUACAGUUAUAAUGGCAGUAUUUGCGUCGUUAUGUGUAUAGCUAUCUAUGUUUUUUUAUUGUUACAAUUUUCUGAAGAUUGUAUGUUUUUUGAAAAACAAGAUGGUCUCUCAACAUACAAGGAACAAAUAUCAUGAUCAAUUGUAGGCUCUGCGAUCUCUGGCCCGUGCAGAGCCAGUGUUACGUUAUGUCACCAAAUUAGGGGAAAUGCCCUCUAAUUGUUUUGGCUUGAUCCUUUUCAGGAUUUGGUUAUUAUUGUUUGAGUGAAACUGAUACCCAAAAUUGUAUAUUUUACUUAGACAUAAAUGAAUGUACCGAUGGAACGCACGACUGCCACAUCUCCGCCUACUGUGUCAACACCCCUGGCUCCUAUAACUGUUCAUGCAAACAUUCCGGAUACAGUUAUAAUGGCAGUAUUUGUGUCGGUAUGUUUAAGGCUAUCAAAGUUCAUUUACUGUUACAAUUUUCUAAACAUUGCAUUCAUUUUUUUUGGCAAAAAAAGAUGGUCUCUCAUCGUACAAGGAACAAACUCUACAUUAAAAAUAUCAUGAUCCUCCAAUUAUAUUAUUAUUAAUCUUCUAUUUCUAUAGUAACGCCAAGCUUUUAAACAAAGUCUUAGAGUUGAGCAAGAAUUUGUCGAAGUUUUAUGCUCCUACCCUUCUGUGUUUGAGCGGACGCUCGAAAGACACGCGUUAUCUUUACGAUUUAUUGCUUGUGGUGUUGAAUAAACCAGGAUUGACUGUAAUAAUCAGGAUUAUACCCACGUUGUUAUUCACAUGGAGCCAGAGUUUAAAUGACUGACAAUCUCCUAUAUAACCAACAGAUAUCGAUGAAUGUGCUCAAAAAUUGAUAACUGCGAUGUCUCUGUGUCAGAAUGUAUCAAUACUCAAGGAUCUUACAAUUGUUCCUGUCUCAAGGAAAACUAUGCUUGGAAUGAAAGUACCUGCAUUGGUAAAAAUAUCCUCAUGCUAAACUAAAAAUCGACGCUUAACACUAUGUCAAAUAGCGUCUGUGUUAUGAAAGAUCCAGUACAUACUAUUUAGAGUUAAAUGUCUCCAGACGGAAAUAUCUACUUUUGUAAGUCAUAAUAUUAAUACUAUCAGCAUCUCUCAAACUAAUCAGGCUAAAAAGUGUAGUGAAGUUUAAAUUUGUUUUGUAGGGUCUAGAGCGAAUGUGUGAUUGAUGCAAAAUUCUUACGUCAAUACGCUUCCUUAGAAAAGAUCUGCCACCCUGCUUUAAAUGCAUCGCUUCUGACCUUUAGAUAAUAAUAAGCCUCCAGCUUUAAUUUAAUUGUUUUUUAAUUAACCUGGGUCAGUAGCUAAUCAGUUCUACUUGUGUCAGUUGAGGGGUAUUACUCCGACUAAUUUGAUUAUUUAAGUUUGUUUUACAUGUUCAUUUGUUGAAAAGGUUUUUAAUUCAUGGUUAUUUUACUCUGGCCCAAUAACAGACGUGGACGAGUGUAAAGACCCCGAACGUUGCGCUGACGCUGCCAACUGUACGAAUUUGGACGGAUCUUACGAUUGUUAUUGCUCCGAAGUUGCAUCUCAUCUCUGUUUUGGUACGUCAAACCGUAUGUUACAAACAAUUCUUAAUUGAUGGGUUAACAAACAAUGCGCGUGGUAAUUUUCUGAAGAUAAGUAUGAUGUGAAAUGACUAUUUAACUCCAGCGGGGAGAAGGGGAGAAGAGGUAGGAAUUAGAGGAGGUCACAUGAUUUUCCGGGGGGAAAUUGAGGGGGAUCAUCAACUGAGUAUAAGGGAGUUGACUUUAGAAAUUUGACUGCCGAUUAGCAACAGUCCGCUGAGCGGCAGGGGGUUCAUGAGAAUAUAACCAAGCCUUAUUGCGCAUCAGGAAUAUUUUACUGCGUCACGAGCAAAAUCCUCCACCCCAACCCUCACCUCCUUAAGCGAUACAUAAUGAACGGUCUCUAAAGAGCUAUGGGCAAAAUAAUCACUUAUGUUUUACGUUAAUGCAUCUAAUGUGCGCGUGCAAACAUUCGAACCUUUUGUAACCCAAAUCCUUCAUUAAAAUGAACAUUCAAAAGGUUUGCCAUAAAUAUAUAUAUAUAUAUAUAUAUAUAUAUAUACAUAUAUGUUAGCAAACUGUAGAUUGAACGAAAAAUUGCUUCCAGUUCAACUUCUUAUUACACAAUAUAACAGAGCUAGAUGUGCUAGAUGUGUUAAACCACAAUUCUAGGGUAAUGAUCAUUUCCGCGCCAUUUUAGGUACUACAUUAUGCGAUACUCCACGAGUAAGUAUUAAAGAUGUGGGACGCUCUGUUGAUCAGCCCACUGAGGUUCAGCUCAGCUCAUAUCAUACGUUUACGGCAAACGUUGCUGUAAGAUGCGCAAAGAUAUGGACUCAGAACAUGUCUUGGAUUUUAGCAGAUCCAUCCUUGAACAACUCUGACGCUUUAUUGAAUGGAAGUGUAGUUUCGACCGAAAGAAACACAUGGACCCUCACUGACCACCAUUUGCAAUAUGCCCACGUGGUGUAUGCUUUGUUCUUCUCCUUUACCGUUCUCCAAGGGAGCAAUAAUUUGACACACAGUGUGUUUGAUAGGGGUUAUAUCAUUAUACGUCCUUCACUGCUAGUGGCAAUGAUAUCCGGUGAAACUGAAGUGACAAGAGGGAAAGAGCAAAUUAUUACCCUCAAUGGAUCCGACUCAUAUGAUCCUCAUGUUGGCCAUGGAUCUCUAGAGUCAUUAACAUUUUUCUGGCUUUGUAAGAGAUCAGAUGAGGAAUUCCCAACUGGGAAUCCUAAUGACAUUCAAAUUGUGCCCAUUCUUUCUACCCAAUCUAGUAAGUCACUAGGAGGUUGUUUUGGCACAGGAAUUGGGAGACUGGCCAUCACAGAACCUGUUAUAACUUUAAAUGCUUCAUCGAUGGAGAAUACAAAUGCAUCAUACAUUUUUAAGCUUAUUGUUACGAAAGAUGCCAGAUUGUCGAGCGACUCAAAAACAAUCCAUGUGGUCGAAGGGAGUCCUCCUGCAGUGUCAUUUAUGUAAGUAUAUCGAGUCAAACUGUUUUUCGUUAAGGAAUGUUUAGUUUAGAGGGUUUACGAAGCGAGGAGCAAGCUUGUAAUGGAUAAUUGCGUCAAUUCAACAUGAAUAACUGUCUGGAGUAUCACCUGUUCAAUACUCUCUUAAUACUAUCUUGCAUUUGGGUUUGUUUUAGUUUGUUUGUUUGUUUUUUUUUUUUUUUUUUGUAAUGUUCUCUAAGCUAAUCCCAAACGUUUGACUUUGCCAUUGAAUCUUUUUUUGGCAGUUUCGUAAUGGGCGAUCGAUUAAACGUCAAUCCGUCAGCACCCCUGACCAUCUCAGCCGAUUACCUGAGCUAUUCUUGUGUUGAUCGAGCGCAGUUUGAGUGGUUCCUCUACCAAGAAGACGAAAACUUGACUUGGAUUCAAAUUUAUGGCACCCCUGAGAGGUCCCAGGUGUUCUCAGUUGAUCCAGAGAUGCUAAAAAACGAUACGAAAUAUCGAUUGGAAUUAACUUUGAAACUCAAAGAUGAAGCCCCCUCUAAAACCGUGCAAGUUUUCAGGACUGCUGUCCUCCCACAGAAAGGUUCAUGCGUUAUAACCCCAGAGACUGGUGAAGCAGUUUAUACCGUAUUUCAGCUGCAAUGCUUUGAUUGGUUCGUUCUUGAUGAAGUAUUAACUUAUGAGGUGCAAGUUAUCGGAGAAGAAAACAUUCACCUUACUUUGUACUAUGGCCUCAACGCGAGUCAACAUUUCGUUUUACCGCAAGGAAAUUCCUCGCGUGGAUAUGUAUCCAAGAUCAAGGUAUUCGUGUCAAGAAGCAAUGGUGCUACGUCUGAGGUGGAUAUCACAGUAAAGGUAUAAACAAAUAAUACAUUUUUCUUAUCUCCGUCAAUUUCUGAAAUCAACAAGCUUUCUUAGUUAUUUGCUCUUUAUUGUGAGGGAACUAAAAUAAGUAUAUCAGACCGAUUAAUGCUCCCAACGACACCCACUUCUUAAUUUUUUUUCCUUUGUUAAAACUUCAAUCGUAUCUACUACUGUGAUUGUGACCUCUCUGUUGUGAUUUACGUCAAAUGGGUUUUAUAUUUAUAGCCUCUGCCGGGACCUAUUUAUUAAUUCUUUAGUAUUUUUCAAUUUUAUAGUUUUAAACCACCAACAUUUUUUGCAGGUAACUCCACCCCAACUACGAGUGCAACAAGACUUUUUUGAACUUCUUGAAAAAUCGUCAGCUUUUUUCGAGGAUUUCAUUUUCGAAGAAGGAACACAGAAGGCUUGGCAGCUGAUGACAGCCAUGCUUUUAACUUUAGAGAAACAAGAAUUUGAAACAAGAAAUUUCUCCAGCUCAGCGACACCCAGUCAACUGAAAAGUGCCGUAAGUGUCAAGAAUUUGGGGCUAAUAAGAUGUCUGUGUAGUCCAAUAUUCACUUUUCGACUUUUGUUUUGUUUCCUUUUUUUCGAAGUUGAGAGACAUUGCCCUAAAGAGAUUCCAGCUUACAGAGGUUGAUUUAUCAAGUGCGGUGUCUUUGUCCGCUUUUGUAGCCUCCGCUGGAAAGAAAGUGACUGAGUUAUCCCUUCUCUCUAAGGUAAUUUUGGGAUUUGUGAAUUUCUACAUUGAUAAAUUUUCUCUGGAUAGGACGUAUGACCCAAUGAUAAGUUCACCUAGUUUCGGAUCGAAGGAUCAAGGUUAACUAGAUAUUAGGUUCUGUUUUAUCGCUUAAGGCUAGACACAACACCCAUUGCAAUGCUAGCUAAGUAAGUGAAGGCCGGUUUAUCAGUGAUACCAUGACAUACCCAUGAUUAAAAGAUUUUGUUAUAUACCUAGACUCUCACUUAACAAAACGAGCACUGUGAUUGGUUGAUUCUUGGUUAUGUUCCCCUGAUCAAUUUCAAAUGUAUACCGACCGGAAGACAAUUGCACAGUUGUUGCCCGCGCACUAAAUACAACAGCAUGUUUUUGCCAUAUGACUGUUUAAGGGAAAGUCUAAAUAUAUAACAAAGCACUUAAUACAUCUAGUGUUUUCACACGAAGAGUAAAUACAGUUUCCAAAUGCAGCAACGGUAAUUUUCGAGGGCAUAUGUGGAAAGUGAGGGGAGACUCGAGUGACAUUCAAGCUGUUCCAAGCUAUCAAAACAGAACAGGGGCAAGUAGACAAGCCAAUUGGCGAGAUUGGCCAGCCUCAAGAGUACACCGUUGCUUACCCUUGCAUCAAUAAUUGAAAUCAGUAUUUUGGUAUCACAAACAGCUCAACUAUAAAUAAUGUUUGAGGUUAAUUAAUGUACAUGGAUAUGGUUGUAAGUUAAGUUUCAGAAACAAACAACCCGCACAUAAAAUAAUUAAACAUCAUUUUUCCAAGGAUCUGCUUCCCAAACACACUAGAGAAUAUUGCUGCUUUGUUGCUUUCCAAAGCUAAAGAGAAGAAUGCAAAUGAUGAAAGAAUUAUCUCUCAAGGGAUAUACAACUUGUUCUUUGGAACAGUGGAGCUAAUGAUGGUAUCAGCAGAGGCGGCUGCUAUUGGAAAAGAGGGCAAAACCUUAUCAUCCGAACAGUUGAAGGUAGGGUUUCUAGAGAGAAUUUUAAAACAGUCAUGUAAUGACCCACUUGAUCAAUACAACUGAGCUCGCAAAUUUUGUAUCAGUAGGUCAUAUAGCCCUACUGAGGCCCCUUCACCUUCUUUGAAAUUGCGUUACCUUAUUUAACAUAAAAAGGCGCCCUCUAUCUAAAAUUAUUUUUCUUACAAACGGCUAAUCAUGGUCAUAAUUCGAAUCGUAAGCCAAACGCCGUUAAACUUUACCACCCAUUGUUGGUCCUUAAAAGUCUCAUUCGUUUAUACCUUUUCUCCACAGAUAUCGACCACGUUGCUUUUUCUUAAGGGCUUUUAAGGGAAGGGGGGGGGGUGGGGUCGAACCAGCCUUGGUGGUGUCAAUGAACUGCUGAAUAUCAGCCUGUUUUCUUGAAUAUUUUUUAGGCUAAAGAUAACGUUUUAAAGUCUAUGGACAUAACAAGAACAUUGCUUACAACUGUAGCGGUGAGAUCAGCAGUUUCUCAGUCCCCAAAGACGUUACGAGUGCCGGGCAUGAGUAUCUUAGUUGGCCGGGAGUCAUCAUGUGGACUUCAAGAAAGAAGUUUGAACUUGACCGAAAAAGACAGCUUUCGUCUUCCUCGAAAUAUGAAUCGCGCUUUUGCAAAUGAAAGUGUGGAGUGGGCUGAGUAUCAGGUAUCGCAUGCAACAACGGGAGAUAACUUAUUGAAAGAGACAGUAAAAUAAAGUGUUGACAUUCCGAUAUAAAUCUUAAAUUCUAAUUAAUUAAUCGGUUAUAUUUAAUUAAGUUUAAGUUCGUGUGUUUUAGCAAAUCUUCCCUAUUUCUUCCUGCAGAUGUUAAAAACAAGUUUCAAUCCAUACCGCUGGCACGAAAGCUAUCAUAAAGUCAUGUCAGAAGUUCUUAGUCUCGAGUUUACCAACGAUAAGGGUGUAUUACCUGUUGGUGGAGAAGACGUUGACAUUGACAUUAAAAUACCACUAAAUCCUCCUGGAAACAGCUCAUAUGAUAAUAACUACUUUGUCAGACCACAAAAUAUGAGAUACCACAUCGUUGAACUUGAAGAAAACUCCGAUUCCAUCAUUCUUGAAGUUCAACCUGUCAAUGAGAGUCUUUCAAUGACAGUGUUUGUUAAACUCGGGGAGCGCCCAACCGUUAACAAUUACAGCCAUAUGUCCAACGUACCGGACUUUUCGUCGUGCAGUUGGGACAGAGUUAGUGGCAGUUGGUUGUCAAGUUGCUUAAGAAGUCCAUACCAGGUCAUGUCCACUGGACAUUUUAAACAAACUGGUUUGUAUUACGUCGGGGUUCUGUACGUUGAACGUAGUCACGACCAGUUAAAUCACACUCGAACAAGACGAUCAUGCAACGGAAAAAGGAGACAGAGAAGGGACUGCGUUGAGCCAAAGCCACCUCCAGUGAAAGGAAUAGAGUAUAAUAAAACUUUGAUUUAUAAUCCUUUUACCGAUGAGAACUAUACUAUAAAAGUUCGGAAAUAUAGUUGUUACUAUUUUGCUUUAACCCAAGGCAAGUGGAGUAAAGAUGGCUGUAAGGUCAGUUGAAGAGUAAAGAAUAAGUUCAUUCAUUCCCCAUUAAUUUUAUAUGCUGUGUCACAAUAAAACAGUUAUUCACUGCACGUUUAACUUCUAACCUAUCUUAUGAGAGUCGUGCUUAGUUUUUUUUUUGUUUUGUUUUUUAUUUAUGGUAUGAUUAUUGAUUAAUUAUCCUAUAGGAAUCCCUCACCGAUACUUUUGAGCAAAGGCAAUAAAAUUUUAUGAAAUGAUAAGCUAAAUCUUUACAUCUUUUAUCUAAUUUAGGUUGGAGAUGAAACAAAUGAUCAUCUACUUCAUUGUAGAUGUAAUCAUCUCACAGGCUUUGGAGGUGGUUUCGUCUUUGCACCAAAUCCUAUCGACUUCAACAAAGUUUUGAACGAGUUUACUAGACUCGAGGAAACAGAAAAUUACGUGGUUCUCGCAACUGUCUCUUCUAUUUUUGGCGUCUUCGUUUUGAUGAUUAUAUGGGCAAGGAGAGCUGAUGUGAAAGACGAAAGAAAGGUUUGUUUUAUUUUUUCAUCAUUAAAAGGAGGGGAAAACCAUAGAACACUUGCUGCCACUUAUUUGCCAUUGAGAUCACAAGAAUAAUACAGAGCCUUAAGGCAAGAUCAGGAAAAGUUCGCCGCGACACAACCAAAGUCCUCCGUCGCCCCCACUCCCUCCUCCCCCCCACCUCUGUACUCCAAGGCGAUAAGUAAUGAAUGAAUAUGUGCUGAUUGCUGCUUUUAAGCUUUAUUUUCUCGUAUAUAAAGGAACGGAUACGGCGAAAAAAAAAGUUUGAGAUCAAAUAAACAAUUCUCUCAUUAAUUGACCUCGAGUUGUUGAAUAUUGUUUAAGUAACCCGCCUACGUGCUUAUCUACCUCCCAUUCCUUUACUUCAUGAUUUGUUGUUUCCUUGACAGCUGGGACCAACUGUUCAUGUGAAACCGAAUGAAAAUGGCACGCAUAUGUACGAGUUCACCGUAGUUACAGGAGUUUGGCGAAAUGCUGGGACUACUUCCAAUGUGUUUGUUAAAAUCUACGGCACCGAAGGCAUUCUAGAGUCUGUGAAUUUGACCGCGAAUUCACCGCCAGGAAGAAAAAUGUUUGCAAGAGGCAACAUCGAAAAGUUUGUCUUCCAUCUUGAAAAUUCACUCGGAGUUGUAGUUAAGAUGGAAUUGUGGCACGACAACUCUGGAAAGAACUCCUCCUGGUUUCUAGAUCAAGCUCACCUUGUCGAUAUAAAUAAUGAUCAGAGAUGGGACUUCUUCCACCACAGUUGGCUUUGUUUGCACAAGGGAAGUGGAUCUUUAAAAGCAACAAUAAAGUCCGCUGAUCCUGGCAACGAGACUCGCAGUUUUAAAACACUGUUUUAUUCUGUUACUUCAGUCGACCUUGCAGAACAUCAUUUAUGGGCCUCUGUGAUAACCAGACCACUGCGCAAUCAAUUCUCCCGCGUCCAAAGAGCCUCUUGCUGCCUUGGUUUACUAUGUCUGGCAAUGGUUUGUAACGCCAUGUUUUAUCAAAUGAAUAGAGUUCCCGAUGAGUCAAUUCAGAUCGGUCCUUUACAGAUGUCAUUACGCCGGCUGAUUAUUGGUAUUAAGAGUUCAUUGAUUAUUGCCCCACUAAGCCUAAUAAUAACUGGAGCCUUUCGAUACCGAAAGAUAAAAAGACAAAAACAGAGACUCAUUGGCGAUAUAGAAGAGAGCUUUAACGUAGAGCAUACUGCUGCAACGAGAUCAAGAUGGUGUAGUCUCCCUUAUUCAUUUUUAUACAUCGCUUGGUUUCUUUGUUUAUCGGUGAUAUUUGUAUCCGCGACCAUAACAGUAUUUUACAGCCUUCAAUGGGGCAAACAAACUGCCAACAUGUGGCUGGCUUCCGUAGUUGCCUCCUGUGUCCAGGACAUCUUUUUUUGGCAACCCGCGAAGGUUCUCACCUUUACAGUCUUAUUGAUUCUAAUUUUCAAGAGACCAAAACUAAACACCAAGAAAGGUGAUAGAUAUAAAUCGUCUUUCACCGAGGAGAUGAAAGAGCUACGCGCCUAUGAAUUAAGAAAGGAAAAGUUCUUCAGACUUGCUCGUCAGUUUGUCGCAUUUAUGGUUUUCUAUCUUUUGUUGAUGAUUGUCGCCUAUGGAGACAAGGAUCAUCACAGAUAUCUAAUGACCAAAGGCACUCGGGAUGGAUUCACCUUUUUUUACAAGGUAUGUGUACGAACUGAGUGGUUAGAUAAUAGAUAAAUUUUCUCUGAUCAGGUUUUUGUCUACUUUCCACCUUGCUGGUAGUAUAGCGUCAUUAAAACGGAAAAAAGUGAUCUCUUGCUAGGAUGCUUUUAGGAAAUGUUUUCUUUGCACUAAGCUGUUAAUCGAGGUUGUUGUUUAAAUGUCGAGUUACAAUUCUAGGUCAACACAGGAGAAAAGAUGUGGACUUACAUGCUUGGUAAAUUUGUCCAUGACGCGUAUGCCGGUGAGUGGUACAAUGGUCAGGUUGAGCAAACGCCAGAAUACAUUAGUAAUAAAGUUUCCAUGCUUAUUGGAAUGCCUCGACUCCGGCAGCUUCGGAUAAAGGAAGGUAAGGUUCUAUCCUUUUGCCCUCGCCCCCUCAUUAACCAAGCGGGUGCUCGGCGAUACUGGAUCCUAUCAGUAAGCUCGUCGCAAACCCCUUCCAGAAUUAUUAUGUAUGUACCACUGAGAUAUUAUCUUAAUGGACCUUUGUUUCAAUUAAGAUUCUUGCCAAACCGCCGAGGAGGUUGAGACGAUUAUUGACAUGUGCUACGAUUUCUACUCGACCCCAGAAGAAGAUACAACUCGUCUAUAUCUUCCCCACUGGAUUUAUUUAUCAGAUUCACAGAUUAAAUGGAAAAAUCUAUCACAACUUUGUCCCAGACCGUGGCGAUAUUCAACUGCAGAGGAGCUCAAUAACUUUCCAUCCUGGGCCCAGCAUCACAUAUAUGGCGGUGGGGGAUACGUUCUUGAUUUAGGAUACGACAAACCGACUGCUAUCCGCAUGAUGGAAGGCGUCAAAGACAAGGAUUGGAUUGACAGGAGAACAAGGGCAAUUCUUCUCGAAUUUCAAGUCUUGAACUUAAAUACUGACUUAAUAAGCAUUAUUACUUAUUAUUAUGAGGUUCUACCUUUCGGAUUUGGACUUACUUAUGAAAAAAUUGACACCAUAAAAAUGUUCAAUUUUCAGUCUACGUCCAAUAGCUUUUAUCUAAUGUGUCAAUUGUUGUUUAUGCUGGCAGUGUUAGUGUAUAUCUCUAUUCUUUUAAUCCGACUAUGUCGCGAGGGAUGUGCAUUUUUCAAAAAAAUGUGGAACUGGAUAGACAUCGCUCAAAUUAUGAAUGCCUCGCUAGCAAUUGUGUUUUAUGUCCUAAAGGCAAAGUUUAUGCAUGAUAGUAUAAAAGAAUUGCGAAGGAAUCCUUUUCUCACGGUGAGCUUCCAGUUUGCCAUUUUUGGACUGACAUGGAAAAUGUUGCCCUAG